CGUCCCCUCGAGGUAUGUUCAAUAGGAACGUCUUCCGCCUUUCGACACUCAAUGAGCGACGCGACACAGUUUACCUUUAAUAAAACCGUCCUGUCACCUAUUAACUUUAUGUGUUUUGGGAUUUUAGUUCUGUUUGAAAGCGGAUAGAUGUCUGAAGAGGUUUAUAAAAGGGCAGAAGAGGAGGCUGACACACCAGAUCUCGAGGGUCAGUCUGACGACAGCAGCGACGAGGGCGACGCUUCAGGAGACACUGAGAUGGAUUUCCUGCGCAGUCUCUUCUCGCGAACUCUUGGCCUGAGUCCUGGAGAUAAAGUCUUGGAUGAGCUGACCCUGGAUGGUGUCGCCCGCUAUAUCCUGAGCGGCAAAUGCAAGAACAUUAUCUGUAUGGUUGGAGCUGGAAUAUCUACAUCUGCUGGGAUCCCAGAUUUCCGCUCUCCUGGCACCGGUCUAUAUGACAAUUUGCAGAAGUUCAAUCUGCCUUACCCAGAGGCCAUCUUUCAGAUCGACUAUUUCAAGAAACAUCCAGAGCCCUUCUUUGCCCUCGCCAGAGAACUCUACCCAGGACAGUUUAAGCCCACAGUCUGUCACUAUUUUAUAAGGAUGCUGAAGGACAAAGGUCUACUGACUCGAUGUUACUCUCAGAACAUCGAUACUUUAGAGAGAGUUGCCGGUCUGGAAGGAGAGGACCUGAUUGAAGCUCAUGGCACAUUUCACACCUCACACUGUGUGAGCUUCCUGUGUCGUAAGGAGUACUCCAUGGACUGGAUGAAAAAUAAAAUUUUCUCUGAAGAUAUUCCUAAGUGUGAUUCCUGUGGGAGCCUGGUAAAACCUGAUAUUGUGUUUUUUGGGGAGAAUCUACCUGCCCGAUUCUUCGCUACCAUGAAAAUGGACUUUCCUCGAUGUGACCUUCUCAUCAUAAUGGGCACAUCCCUGCAGGUUCAACCAUUUGCAUCACUGGUCAAUAGAGUGUCAAACAGCUGUCCUAGACUGCUCAUCAAUAUGGAGAAAACCGGACAGUCAGAAUUUGGCAUGGGAUUAUUUGGUUUUGGAGGAGGAAUGGAUUUUGACUCAGACAAAGCCUACAGAGAUGUGGCUCACCUGAGCACCUGUGAUGACGGCUGCAUGGCUCUCGCUGAUCUGCUGGGCUGGAAAGCAGAGCUGGAAGAGAUGGUGAAGCGUGAACAUGCUUUAAUUGACAGCAAAGAUGCCAAAAAGAAAGACAAGGAAGCGAGUCAGAGCUCCAGAAGCACUGGGGCAGAGGCUGGAAAGAGUGACAAGACAGAAUAACCAAUUACAGCACGAAGAGGCUGUCCAAGUCUGGCUUUCUCGAGUCUACUGUCUAUCGAAUCUUUCUGUUUCUCUGAACUACUGUGUCUCUCGUUUGCUUGUAAUAGCAAUAUAGAUAAGAAUAGAAAUAGUACAGACGCUCACAGAGCUCAGACAAGAACAGUGAGACCGACAGACAGCAAACACUCGCAGGAACGUGGUGUUGUGCUUGGGCCUCGAGGCGGCUUUGGAUAACUAUGAAUAGCAAUGCUUUAAUGUAAUGUUCUAAAAUCUUCUAAGUAUUACAUUCACACUUUAUGCUUCAUCAUAUGGGUCUCAUUUUAUCCUGCUUAAAACAAAAGUCUCUGAAACCUAGAUUGUCAUUGCUGUAAUGCACCUGCAAGUUUUUCACUUCUUUUUGUUAUUCUCAUAAUUGUGUUAAAGUGAAAUUAAACUACAGAAAAGUACAAAAGGAUGUAUAACAAAUGUUAUUAUGCUGUAUAAAUACUUUAUUCUUACACUACAGUAAUGAGAAUUGCUUCUGUGCAUUACAAUAAUGAGAAUUUACAAGAGAUUAACCAUAUUACUAAUGAGGGUUACGAUCUUUUGUUUGACCUUGUCAGUAAGAUUCUUUUCUCUGUGCAAUCAUUUGUAGAUUUUAGUAUAAUGUUGUAUUUUGAAUAGUGAUAACAAAUUUUUAUUUUAAUGAAUUAUUAACCAUCUCUGAAUUAUGCUAACUAUUAUAAUACAUUUUCUGAUGUUUAUUCAUUUCUCUAUUGCUUCUUUUUGGUUUGGAAAUAUAUCUACACCUUUGGCUCAAUUGUGUAAGAGGAUGUUGGCCUAAAAGUGUUUUACAACAAUACAAAGCAUGAUAUCUGAUUGAGUCCAAUGCAACCUUAUGUGGAGAAACCAGAAUGAAAGAUAAAACCUUCAAGAGUUUUUAUACGGUG